ACCCACCCACUCCAUUCCUCCCUCACAGAUGUGGCUCUGCGAACUCCAUCUGUACAUUGCCUAUCGUUCGAGUAAACACUUCCAGUAUUUCAUAAUCCAAAGAGCUUUGGGUGAAGCAUGAGUGGGGGAGGAGAGAAAGAACAACACAAGACAACGCUAAGCACCUCCGCUCUUUUUCCUUUGACUUGUCAAAUUACAGCUGUGCUCAGCUUCCGCGGGGGAAAUGCUGCUGCUGUCCAGGGACUGGGUGAGGAAGCGAGCUGUUGUUACCCGCUGUCCUUUCCGAGGGGAUACUUUUAUUCAGUCUCCCUGGUGUUCAUGGUUCACUUCUCAUUUACUCCAAUCUAACCCACGCCUCCUCCCUGUUUUAUGCUGCCGCCCGUUGCCGCUGCCUCUGUGUUUGCCUCUCUCUCCCCACCCCAGCAGCAGCAGCAGGAGAGGCUGGAAGCAGAACCUGGGAAGCUAGCUGGCAGGGGAGUAGGAUUAACUGCAGAGAGGACCUUUAUUUAUUUUUAUUUGUAGUCAGAAAGGGAGGGAAUAGGGAGUAGGAGUAAAGAGGUAGGGGCGGGAGGAGGCAAUGGAGUGAGUGGGAUAGCCACUAUAUAUAAGAAUAACAAUCAUCAAUAUUUAAAAAAAAAAAAAAAAGAAAGAAAAGAAAAGAAAAGCUGGGGGACGCAUGCGCAUGGCUGGCGAGCCGCCGUCCCUGGGUGAGGAGCCCGCCGCUAACCGAUCGGAUCAAAGCAAAGAUUUCCAUCUGUCUCCCGGUACUGAUGGUGAAAUUCCCAUGGGAUCAGAGCGGAUGGAGAUGCGUAAACGGCAGAUGGCAGUGCCCCAGGAGACAACAGACUGUACUCCAGGCCACCAUGAAGUGGGGAAUAGAGCAUCUAAUGCCUGUUGCUUCUGUUGGUGCUGUUGUUGUAGCUGCUCGUGUCUUACUGUUAGGAACCAAGAAGAUGAAAGAGCAAGGAGGGCUUCCUAUGAACUCAGAACAGAAGGACUUCCAACCUGUGAAGAAAGCCCUACACCUACUCUGGAAGAAGUGAAUGCCUGGGCUCAGUCAUUUGACAAGUUAAUGGUCACUCCAGCAGGAAGAAACAUUUUCCGGGAGUUCCUCCGAACAGAAUUCAGUGAAGAAAAUAUGCUCUUUUGGAUGGCCUGUGAGGAACUGAAACAGGAGGCCAACAAAAGUGUCAUAGAAGAGAAAGCAAGGCUGAUAUAUGAAGAUUAUAUUUCCAUUCUUUCUCCUAAAGAGGUCAGCCUGGAUUCCCGAGUAAGAGAAGUUAUCAACAGGAACAUGCUAGAGCCAUCACAACAUACAUUUGAUGAUGCACAACUUCAAAUUUAUACCUUAAUGCACAGAGACUCAUAUCCCCGAUUUAUGAACUCUGCUCUUUAUAAGGACUUACUUCAGUCCUUAUCUGAGAAAUCCAUUGAAGCAUAGGAUUUUCAAAUGUAUUUAUUAUUAACAUUAACAAAAGCAACAACAAUAAACUUGUGGGCCACAUCUAAGGACAAGAAAUUUAGAGAUGAUAGUAUCUUCAUCUGACUUAAUACUCAGGCAUAUUUUAAUAAUGGACAUUGUUUCCUUUUACACAGGGCUUUAAAACCACAAGCCAAAAUGUAGUCACCAAUCACCUUUAGUGAUGUUUUGGAGAGACUACGGAAAAUAUGGCUUGUCCUUUUUGCAAAGAUAAUAUUUUUAUUCUUAUAAUUAUAGCAGCAUGUUCUCAAAGGCAAAGGCUACCCUCGUAGGUUUCCAUUCUAAUUUACUUGGUACAAUCACUGAAAAAAAAAGGUCAACAUUCAGACUUUUUGUAGGAGUUACAUGAAUGACUACUCUCAUCCUAAAAAGCAAAGCUGUUCAGUAGCAAUCUGCUAACUCCUGCCUUUCAUUGGCACUCUCACUUUUGAAUGCAGCAUACAUUUGUGCCAUUACCACUUGGCACAGGAUAGGUUGAAAUUCACAUUUUAUAGCCGCCUUUUAGUAGAUGUGGACCCUAAUAAUAAAGGUAUUUCCCUUCACCUUAGGAUGCAAUAUAUGUUAGCAGUGUUCCGUUAACAUGGAUCAAUCUCAAAUGUGUGGGCAAAAACUGAUUGUAGAUACACUGCUUAGAAAAUUCUUCUGUUCAAAAGAGUUACUGUUAUUUUUAAUCAAGGUUUGCAAAGCUAAAGAAUGAAUUAAGUUAAUGGUAUAAAAAUGGUAUCAACUAAGGGUUGCUUCCAUUUUUAUUUUGGAAAGUGAAGACAAAGUAUGGGCAUUUACACUCUAAAAAAUAAAGCACAAGGGUUUUA